AUGAAACCGGAGAAGCCCGUUCAUCGAGAUGCAGGCUACACCAAACUCCGCAAGGGCUUAGAACAGGUCCGACCUUCGCCUUCACGCACACAAUCUAGACAAUCGUUUCAGGAGUCACCUCGUUCACGUUCAAUGGGGGUGUUGUCAGAGGACAUGCCAGUCUCGGGAAUGCGUCAGGCAGUGAGGCUUGUCGACAAGCCGUUGAAGCAUAUCUUUGGAUCGAUCCAUCAGGAGUUGAAACAUCUCGAUUCGUUUAGUUGUCAUGACUCCCUCUGUGAAGAUCGGCCUCAUCGAAAGUGGUUCCCCGAUUUUGAGAAUACACCUCGCGAAGACUAUUCAAACCCCCUGUCCGAGUCACCGAGAUCACCCUCGUGCCGAGUGCUGAAACGCGAUAAGCCCGAUCGAAGAUGGGUGGUGAGGUGUGUACAUGUGACCAAUGGGGCGAAAGGUGGAGGUCUGUGCUUGACAAUGGUGAAGAAGGCUCUAGAAGCGCGAGUGGAGGUCGAUGUCACCACCACUUUAAUUUCAGCAUGCUUGCAAAUCAAAUUUUGCAUGCGAGACAGUAAAGUGGCAAAAACCAUCGGUGGUCGCCGUCACGCGACCCCACAGUCCUGGCACCUGACUGAUACAGUAGCCUCCUGCGUCUAA